AUUUGGAGAAGCUAGAAAAAAACAAAACACACACGACAGUCGGGAAGCCCUCGUGUUUUAAUUUGCCGCCCCCAAGAAGGCAAAAUUCCGGCUGGAAAGCCUAACAGAAAAAUCUAAUUUUAGAAGUGUAGAAGAAAGAAGAAGAAAACGUUCAUACGUGCAAGAAGCAGCCCUUUGGGAAAUUCUAAAAUUAGAAGAAAGACGCAUCGGCACAAGAGUGCAACGUUUAAGACGGGCUGUUUUCAUCUACCGGUUCACUCUUGAAAGCAAGAAAGUGUGGCCGGAAGACGUUGAAAUUUUCCAAGUCAUUUGUUCAACCUUGACAGUUUACGCGCAGAGAAACUAAAAUUGUGCUUGUCCUUUGUUUAAAGAGGGACAAUCAUUUGAUCCAAUCAUGAGUAAAAAAGAGAAAGUCCCUGAAUCUGUCCUUCGCUGUGUGGUGGCCCUGAGAAGUGCCAAGUCUGACAAUGACAAGUUCGCCUCAUUGUUUGUUGUAACCAAGUUGAUCAAGGCUGACGAGUGUGACCAGCACUCCCUCAAGCUUUUGUAUGAUGCCAUUGGAUUUGAUUUCCUUAAUCGUCUUCUCAAGUCCACUGAAGUUCCACAAGACUGCCCACCAUUCAUCUACAAAUCGAUAGCACUCUCCAUAGUGAGUUGCUUCUGCAGUGUACCAGAGAUUGUUGAAUCUGAUUCCAUUCUGGGUAUCAUACCUGUUCUCCUGGAUAUCGUCAGCACAUCUGACACAGAUGACAUGGAGGACAACUUGAUGCUGGUCUCCGAUUGCUACACCUGCCUUCAGGCUAUUGCCUUUUUUGAGUCUGGAAGGAAGGCUUUGUUAACGAAAGGCUGCUUGCUGAAGCUGACAGAGGUUUAUGUGGAAGAAAUGUUUCGACAUGAUCAAGCUCUGCAAUUGCUGGUCUACAUCACAUCAAAGGAAGGCAAACAACUCUGGGCUGGCCACGAAGAACCCUUCAAGCAACUCUUGAACAGACUUGCUAAUGAAUUCAACGGCGAUACUACGGAAAAGAAAUUUGAGCUAUGCAAAAUGCUUGCCGUCUUCCUUGCCAAUAGUCCUCGAUUGCCAGUCGUCGAAUUGCAAAAAGAAGACUGGCCUCAACACACACUGCUAACACUUGAAGGCAUCCUAUGCAGCCGUAUUGGGACAUCGCAACGUGAUAGCGCCCUGCAACUCAUUUCCCGUCUCUUGGAACUCAUGGGCAUUGGGUGGGGUUUGAAGUUCGGACCCAAUCCUCGCCAAUUUUUGUUGCUGCUAGUCAAUUUGGCAUGUGUUGAAGUCCGCAUGAAACUCGAAGAUAGGACGCUAGAGCAAGCGAUAGAAUCGGCCGAUAUUUUAGUGGCUUGUUAUUCGGUCGUCGAGCUGUUCAUCACUUUCAUGACGUCACAAGGCUUUCUUGAUUUCGAUGCCAAACAGAGAGAGCAAGCAUAUUGCGCCCUCAAAGGAGCAGUUGGGUCCAUUUUGGCUAUGCUGCACCGAACGGACGAAGAAUCCUCGCACGAAUGGACUCGUCCCGUCAACGACCGCCGAACGGAGUUCGUCUGCGCCUCCAUUCGUAUCCUUGGCUCUUGGCUUGCCGAAGAAACUUCCAGCAUGAAAGAAGAGGUCUGUGCCGUCCUACCAUUCAUCAUCACCGUUUGCUCCAGGAUGUACGAAGAGCGUAAGUUGGGCUCCAUCAGCGACAUGCCUGAUCCCUUACGCUUUAUGCUUCCAGCCUUCUGUCAUCUCGCAGCUGAGGAUGCCCCUCGAAAAAUCAUGCUAUGCCAAAAAUUGCCGCAACUCCUCUAUGACUAUCUGCUCUAUCAAUGGGGUAUCUUCUCAAAAUGGCUGGCCCUCCAGCCCACCGUCGCUGCCGAUUGGUUACACGUUCACACGACGCCAGAAGAAGAUGACGUAGCCGAAGCCAACCGACCCGAGUCUGAAUCAGCAAUUAUUCUCGUCUGCGGUGUCUUUAUGAACCUUGCCGUGUUGGAACCGGAGCUCGUCGCCACCGACGUUGUCUUCGCCCAGCUCCUAAAAUUCUGCAUCACCAACCUCCCACCGUUAGUCCAUCGGCAGGAUUUUAUCGUUUUGUUGGGUAACGUCGCCGUCUUGGGUCUCCUCCUCCUUCGUCACCACACCUGGAAAUACGCACAAGGAGACAGCGCAGCUUUCCGGUACAUCCAGGGCACCGUGUCGUUCCUGUGGGAUGCGCACAACAGCGAGGAGUCGUGUGACUCCUUGAGCCUCGUCAUUUCAUUGCGCUACAAAAGGGACUGGCCCGACUUGGCCGAACUCUGGUUUCUCGGCAUGCAAGGCCUUAGCAACGUCAUGGGCAAAUUGGACUGGAUCGUCGAAUUCAUUGUCGAUUCCGGCUGGCCCCAUGAGAUGAUGAAGUCAUUGUCGCGGAUCGUUGCUGGCGCGAUUGAUGCCAACACACGUACCGCGUACGAAGAUUUUCUCUGCUGCCUUUUACGUGCCCAGCCCGACAAAGUCAAAGCCGUCAUUUUGGAAAACCGUGAAGAGGUUUAUGAAGUUUGGAAGAAACUGCGCUACACUUACAUGACGCUGGAUGGACCGGCUGCAAACCUUUUGUCGGCGCUUCGCAAACAUAACUACACUAUCGGCCUGAUUACCAAUGGACCCUCGCGAUCUCAGUGGGAAAAAAUCGUUCAAAUUGGAGCUGAAGACUAUUUUGAUUUGAUACUAAACAACUACUGUGCAACUGUUCGUGUUGAAGGAGAAGAUUCAAUGUUUACUCUACCAGAAUAUGAAAUCAUCAUUGAAGAUGAAAAAAUUGAGCCCCAAACUGGUAAACUUUCGACAUCAGAUGAAGCAGAGCUUAAAGAGUUUGAGAAAAUUCUUAAAGCUAAAAAUCCUACUUUUCAAAAUGAUGAAUCUAUUAACGAGUCGCUAGAAGAAUCAGUUACAGAUGUUAAAGAGGACAAAAUGUUUUUGAAAUUUAAAGAGAAAAUUGACAGCUAUCCUGAUCAAGUACUACGGACUGCCAUUGCUAAUUUUGCAAACUGUGUCAAGCCAGGUGGUUUGUUGCUAAUUGAUCAUAGGAACUAUGACUAUAUUCUCAAUAACUGUGCAACACCAGCUAAGAAUAUCUACUACAAUAGCAACCACAUCGUUGAUAUUAAAACUUCGGUUUUGUGCGUUAACAGAAGACCCACUUUGGUCACUAUGGAUUAUAUUAUGAACAUUCCAUCUAUGGGAAUUGAACAUGAGUCGUUUCGCUUGUCAUACUAUCCGCAUCGUUUAGAUGAAUUCAAGGGACUACUCAAAGAAGCCUUUGGAGACUCCUGCAAACACACUGUUUUUGGUGAUUUUAAACAAUUGGAAGAAAUCACUGAUCCUGCCUUCUACAUUCAUUUAGUAGAAAAGCUGACUGAGUAAAGUAAACAAAAAAGUGAUUUGCAAAAAGGAGGGGAAGAAAUCUGCAUUUUUUUCUUAUGAAAAAUUCUUUUAAUUCUUAUGUUUUGUGGAUUUAUAUUUCAAUAAUUUUUUGGAAGGUUAAAAAAAAUACAAAUAGUUUUCGCGGA